UCUCCCUCCUCCUGUAUGUAGGAGUGAUGAUGGAUGGAGACAUGCCCCCCAUGGGAGACAGCCCCACUCAACAGGGGCAGUGGAUAACUGGAGAAAAAUCAUCUGUGGAGGAACCUGCUGAAGAGACUGUGAAGGCCUCCAGGAUAACAGGAGGCACCAGAGGAGCCAAGAUGAUCUCAGCCAAGAGUACAGAGUCAGUAGAUGGAGUCAGUAGUCCAGGAAGUCGUUCUCCUGCCAGCCGAUCCUCCACUCCAAACAGAGACGUGAAGAAGGUGGCAGUGAUCCGGACACCUCCCCGGUCUCCUGGCUCUGCUCGUGGACGGACACCCCCCCUCCCUUCCCACCCCAUGCCAGACCUCAGUAAUGUGAAAUCAAAGGUCGGAUCCACGGAGAACCUGAAACACACACCUGGAGGAGGCAAGGUUCAGAUUGUUAACAAGAAGUUAGACAUCACUAAUGUGAUGUCAAAGUGUGGUUCCAAAGACAACAUCCACCACAAACCAGGUGGAGGGAAGGUGGAAAUUAAAUCAGAGAAGGUGGAUUUUAAAGCUGUUCAGUCAAAAGUUGGUUCUUUGGAGAACAUCACUCAUGUGCCAGGAGGAGGGAAGAAGAAGAUUGAGAGUCAGAAACUGACCUUCAGAGAAAGCGCCAAAGCUCGAACUGACCAUGUUGCUGACAUCAUCACCCAGUCUGAAUCCUCCCUUCAUCAUCUUAGCAACACUUCCUCCCCUGGAAGCCUUAAUGCUGCUGAAGCUCCGCCCCUGGACACUCUGGCCAAUCAGGUGUCUGCCUCCCUUGCCAAACAAGGCCUGUGAUUGUAUGAGCCUGUGCCUGCAGACCCCUCGCCCUCCUAUUACCAAGGAAACUGGAAAAAAUCAUACUGCCUUACGCCUCAUGACCUUGACCUACACUGCACUGACAGGUUGGAGAGAUUUUAUGAAGUGAAGCAAAUUGAGGCCUUAUAGUUAAGUUUAUCAGCCAGGCGAGUGCAUCCGAGUGUCCAACUGUUCUCUGUUUUCUCUGCAGUCAGGUGGGAACACAAACAUCAGUUUAAUGAUUAAACUGAUGUUUAUGUUCUCCUCUGGAUUAAAGUUGAAUCCACCCAGAAGCCAUUAGCCUGGCUUAGGAUAAAGAAACAGGGGAACUGAUAGCCUAGAUCCAUUUAAAAAAACAUCAAAUAACUGCUAACCUAUCAGAUGGCAAGUUAAAGGUUUUGGAGAGAUGAAGUCUCACUCUGAGGAAACAAACAUCAGUCAGAACAACAUGAAACAUGAAGAGCUGGAUAAAAAGAGAUCAAAACAUCAUGUGGAGUCACAUUGAUAGACUGUUAAAUGAUCAAAAAACAUUUUCUCUUAUUGCCCAGCCAUAGUUCCAGGAGUCCUUGAAAAGAAGAAACUUACAUUUAUCAUCUCGGUUGACUUGGAAGAAAACAGAGAACAUCCUAGACCGUGCUAAUGGAUUACUAACCUGGAUUAGCAUGUUAGCUUCUUCGAUUAGCCACUUAGCUUCCUUUAUAAUGUCCCUCCAAUCACAGAAAGCCUCUCCCUGACAUCAUCUGCCUCAGCCAAUCAUCUUUUCUGUGUUUCUAAACGCUGACAUGCUGUAAGCCCCUCCCCCACCACUAUCAUUAAACAAUACGCAGAAUACAGUUUGAUACCAGGUGCCAAAACCAUGCUGUGGGCUAUCAAAGUGCUUUGUACCAAUAAAGUUUCUCUUGAAUCUGA